GCUAUUGACAGUUUAGGGUAUGAUACACCCACACCCAUUCAAGCGGCAACUAUCCCUGUAGCACUUCAAGGUCGUGACAUUUGUGGCUGUGCAGCAACUGGCACCGGCAAAACAGCUGCAUACAUGCUUCCUAUACUAGAAAGACUACUCUACAAGCCAAAAGAUGAUAUUGUAAUUAGAGUGUUGGUUUUGGUCCCGACACGAGAAUUAGGCAUCCAGGUAUUCCAGGUUUCGAAAGAGUUGUCCAAAUUCUCUCGUCUUGAAAUUGCUCUCUCAGUGGGUGGCCUCGACCUUGCAACCCAAAAGGCAAUGUUGAAGAAAGUGCCAGAUAUUAUCAUAGCAACCCCAGGACGACUCAUAGACCAUUUGCAGAAUACUCCAUCUUUCACCAUAGACAGUGUGGAGAGUACUGUACAAGCCCAUAAUAAUGGCUCCUAAAAUAGAUAAACUUCGUUGUGUGA